AUGGCAGAACUCCACGAAGCGCUCACCCACCUAGGUCCCGUGGACUGGGACGACGUGCCCAAAGACAAUCUUCCACAGUAUCUUGAAGAAUGCUUCUCUGCCGGCGAGCUGAUAUGCAAUUCGGUCCCGCAAUUGCCCAAUGGCACCCCGUUCAGCGACUCGAAGCCGCAUCUGCACAUCCCGAAUGUGGCCAAGUCACACAAGGAGAUCCAUCCGUCGACCGUACGGUCACAGCCACCGCAUAAAGAGCAUGAGAGUUUGCAGAAGAAUUGGGGCAAGGCCAUGAAGUUCAACAAGAGGGACAAUCCGCUCGAUAUCCAUGUCUACAAGAUGGCGGGGCACGAUAGGCAUGGGGCUUGGUUUGCGAGGAGAAGCGUGCAUGAAGGACUCGGUUUUGAUAAGUUCAAGCGGGCGAUGCUGCGCGAGUUCUCGGAGACUAUGACUGUCAGUGGAGGCCCUGGUGCCGGUGCUGUUCGUGGUCUUACCGCCGAUCGACGACUGGAAAGGAUAGACGUGAAGGGUGUUGGAAAGUUGGAAGUCUACCAACUCAGUGCACAGUUCCCAGGGCCGGUAACACCGAGAGACUUCCUGAUCAUGACAAUGGGCAGCGAUUCCGUCUUGACAGAGAAGAGUGCGGCAGAGCUCGAAGGUGGGAAGAAGCAUGUACCGCGACACUGGAUGCUCGUUUCGAAACCUGUCACGCAUCCGGACGCUCCUGUUCGAUCUGGUUAUGUUCGAGGACAUUACGAGUCUGUGGAAUUGAUUCGAGAGAUUCCCUUAUCUACGGCCAAAUCCAAGUCGACGUCGAAUUUGCUGUCAAAGACUGCCGAGGAGCAUCAUACUCGGGAGCGAGGUCAUACAGUUGGUUUCGCGGAGUCACGAGGAAUAGACGCCAAGGGUGAGCACGUGGAUGUACCUUCGCAUGGAGGACAAGGAUCAGAUGAAGUGCCUGACGACCCGGAGCUCAACCCUGUCGAAUGGAUAAUGAUCACUCGCUCAGAUCCUGGAGGUGGCAUUCCGCGAUUCUUGGUGGAAAGAGGCACCCCGGAGACGAUGCUGCAAGAUGUACAUAAAUUUUUCAACUGGGCAUGCAGUCAGGACCACAUCGCCGAUCCGGAUGAGGAUCUGGACAAGCAAGAAGAAGCCGCUCACGAAGGAGAGGAGACGCAAAAAGAGACCGAAGGCUCGAUACCUGUCCACGUACCGAACGGAGAUUCGCAGCAAGAUCGGUCUCAGCAAGCUCCCGCUCGAGCAGCAACCGAUCCAUUGAUGACAGGCCAGCAAUCACAAGGCGGUAUUUUGAACAACAUUACCAAAGCCAUAGAAGCUGGACUGGACACAUAUGCACCGGCUGUCGUAUCGAAUGUGGUGCAGCCAUAUCUGCAUCCCGGCCAAGAAGCCGAGCUGUCUGACGACUCUUCUGAUUCCUCUUCGAUCGACUCCUUCCUAUCUGCUGAAGAGAUGAGACGGCUGUCGACAGCUCCCGAACAACCAGAACAUCAAGUGAUGUCCACCGAUAACCUCAGCUUGGCCAGUGGCGAGGUCUCAGAAGCGUCGAAAGACCGAAAGCUGAAUGACCACGAGAAGGAGGUGCAGAAGAUCAUGAAAAAGCGUGAGAAGCUGAACGAGCAACUUGCGAAGAAGCGCAUGGCGGAGGAACAGAAGCUCAAGCAGUCGUUAGAGAAGGACGAGACUGAGGCCAGCAAGCAGAAGGAAGAAAUUGAAAAGCGUCUCAAGAAGACGGAGGAAAAGCAUCGAAAAGAAUUGGAGAAACUGGAGCAGAAGAAGGCCAAGGAGAUGAAGAAAGCUGAGGAGAAGCGACGGAAGAAGGAUGAUGCCACCAAGUUAUCGCUUGUAACGAGGGAGCGUGAUGAGUUCAGGAGUCAGAGCGAUCUGUACCGUAGGGAGAAUACACUGCUGAGGGAGCAGGUAGCCGACCUACAGUCACAGAACACCAUUCUGGCGCAGAGGCUCGGCAAAUUUGGUGGCCAGGAGGCAUUGAAAGGCAUUGAGGACGAAUUCGGUCAUAAGCGGACCCGGAGCAUGAAGAGCAUGGCGAGUGCUGGGAGUUCAGAGUCGGCGCAGACGCAGAAGGGCGCGCCAAAGACGAGCGAACCAGGGGCGUCGAUCAGUUAG